GGAUGUUUAUGUUCAGUCGUGUUGUGGCCGGGAAGGAGGGAGGAGUGCUUCGUACUGUGCAGGGUAGUUGGAACUUUGUGGUCGUGUUCCGUGGGUGUGCAGUCAAAUAUGUGCUUCUGGUGUUUUUAGUGUUGGAUACAAGAUGCAAAGCCAAAGCCAUAACAACGUGGACGACAAGUUUACAAUGAAUUUCGGCUCCUUUGACCCCGAGCUGUUCUCCCAGCCCCACAUGGGCGCCCCGAUGGCUGCCAUGGGCAUAGGCACCAAGCGGUCCGCCCACGACGCAGGCCUGGACAGGGACCCGCUGGGGCUCUCCUCGGACGAAGACGGUGACCUGCUGAAGAAGGACGACAAGAUGAACCAGUCGACGAGCCGGGACGCCGUGCUGCACCACCAGACAAGCCUGGACCAGCAGCAGCCGCAGAACAAGACGCUGCCCAAUGGGAAGAAGACCAAGGGCAGGGUCAAAAUCAAGAUGGAGUUUAUCGACAACAAGCUGAGGAGAUACACCACCUUCUCCAAGCGGAAGACCGGCAUCAUGAAGAAGGCGUACGAGCUGUCCACGCUGACGGGCACGCAGGUGAUGCUGCUGGUGGCGAGCGAGACGGGCCACGUGUACACGUUCGCCACCCGCAAGCUGCAGCCCAUGAUCACCUCGGAGGCGGGCAAGGCGCUGAUCCAGACCUGCCUCAACAGCCCCGACCCGCCGCAGCCCACGCACCACCACGACCAGCGCAUGUCCGCCACGGGCUUCGAGGAGACGGAGCUCACCUACGCCGUGAACGAGGACGAGCAUAAGGUCAGGCAGAUGAUGUACUCUGCACCCAUCAACUCCAUGCACCAGGGCGGCUCCAUGGCCUCGCCCUCACACCACGCUGCCGCCGCCGCUGCCGCUGCCGCCGCCGCCCUCCAGACCCACCAACACCACCCCCAGUACCACCACCCACACCCCCCUCCCACCCCACACCUGUCCACGCCCACGUCCACUCACCCCAUGAACCACCAUCACCACCACCUGACCCAGAACUCCCCCGGGCACACAGAUCACACGGGCGUGGGGCUGCACCAACACUCCCACCUGGUGGCCCCCCAGACACCCCUGCCCUCACACUCCCCCCUGCCCCCACACUCACCCAUGGGGGCGCCCUCCCCCACCUCCCCCUACCCCAGCCUGCACCACCACCCUCAUCACCACAUUCCCACGCACUCCCGGUAGGGGUGCGCCACCAAUUUCUGCCCUCCCCCACCCGCCCCCCUCAGUGCACGCUACACCUACCCCUUCACCACCUACUAGCCUUCCUCCCCCCCCUGGCGGCGUGCCCUGUGUAGGCGUGGGCGGCAGAAAUCGGCGGCGGCAGCGGUUGUGGGGGGCGGCGGCCCCUGCACCAUGCCCGCCAGAGAGAACCAGGAGGCUUGCUCGCUCCCUGCCUCUGCCCCGCUGUGCCAGCUGCUGCGGCGGCGGGCCAGCGGGGCGGGGCGGGGCGGGGCUCGGCCUGCCUGGGCCUCUCGGCGGCUUUAUCUGCAGCUGCUGUGGUAGAUGAUCUCACUGUCAUGACUCGUGUGCCAUACAUGUACAAGCGGUGCCGGGCCCCUGCACCCCCAGCACCGCCGCCACUGUCACCACCAUCAACACCACCAUGUCGCAGGGCUAAUAAUGCCUGCCAUAGCUUGCCCGGUGUCAUAGAGAGAGUAGUUGUAUUGGUGGUAGUGGUGGUGGUGGUGGUGAUGGCUGCGGCGGUGCGGGGUCCGGCGCCCACAACUCGCCUCAUGCUGGUUGUAAUAUUAUGUCCCGGGGCGGCUCUGAUCCGACCCGGCGCCCCUCUGCCCCGCGUGAGCCGCUGCCUUGGGCCAUCUGCCCCGCAGGGAGCCAGGGCCCGCGGGACAGCGUGGCCCAGGGUGGCGGCGCUGACAGCCCCUUGGUCGCCGCGUGGCCUGCACGGCCCGGCGCCAGGCUGUGUGCAGGUAGCUGUGUUGUAGCUGCGCCGGCUGCCGCGGCCGCCGGCUUGUGAUAGUGGCUGUCCGCACCACUGUGAUGACUUGACUUAGUGUGGUAGUGAACGUGUGUGUGUGUGGCCAGUCUGUCCCGCACGUCCUGCAUGUCUAUGUCCAUGUUGUUGUUAUGUUGUUGUUGUAGUCUUGUUCCCACACACCGACACACGUACAGGGGCGCCCUACCUCAGGAAUACCCCAGGUUGACCUCACACUCCCCCGACACGACGACCCGGCACGUCCUCAAGGUACUAGUGGGCGAGACACGUCUGGAAGUGACCCGCUGGAGCAGAGGCCGCUGAGAUGUCCCCGAGGCGAUGCGGCUGCCCUGUCAGCCCCGCCCCGCCCCGCCCCGCCCCGCUGCUGUGUCGCGGGGCCGCAGGGCUUGUACUGUUUCCGGCCUUGAUAAGAAGCUGACGUUCCUGUCGAUAUUAUCGUCCCUUUGAUAGAGACGCUGACGUUCCUGGUGAUGCUGACGCCCUGACGGUGGCGCUGAGCGGCCCCUCAGGUGAAGCGCUGAUCCCGGUGCCGCGUCCCGGUGAGGCUGUUGUGCUGCCUCCCGGCGGCGGCCGUGUUCCCCUCCCCCCCCCUUCCCGCUCCCCCGUAGAUGGUCUUGGUCAGUCACGCCCUAACACUUCUUCCCGAGGACUCCCGAGACGAUUACGACGGCGACGAGGACGAGGGUGGUGGUGGUGAUGGCCGGGUGGCGGCGGGGUUAUGGUGUAUGGUAGUGGUGGCGGCGGUGUAAUGGUGAAGUCUUUCACUGCCUCUUUUUGCUGUUGGAGUUGGUGUUGGUCACAGCAGUAUGGCGGCGUGGCGUGCGUGUGUGUGGUGAUGAAUGAUUGUGUGUGCGUGUGUGUGUGUGUGUGCACGUAUGGCUGAUGCUGACAGUCUGCUACCUUGAGUAACGUCUCUACCUUUCCCCCCGGCCUGUCUCUGUGACCCUGUGGUCCCUGUCUAUGCCUCCGUAACCCCGCCGCCCACGCCCAAGCCUGGACUGCGGGGGGCGUCGCUAUUCUCUUUGACAGUGUCAGGAGCCGCCGCCGUCGCUGCCGCUGCCCGUGACCCACGGCGCCGAGAAUCUAACCCAAGGCGGGCGUGGGCGGCGGGCGGCGGCGGUGGCGGCGGAUGCUAAGGAGGCGACACGACGUCUGUGGACGUGGCUAAUACCAGCUUUAAUCGUUGUGUGUGUGUGUGUGUGUGUGUGUGUGUGUGUGUGUGUGUGUGUGUGUGUGUGUGUGUGUGUGUUAUGGCGUCCUAGUAUGCACGCCAUGGCACCGUGGCGGGUCUCGGCCCCCGCGGAUGCUGGCGGGGCGCCGCGUCCUGACGCCCGGCGCUCACGUGUGGGUCCCCGCAGCCUCGGACGACCCGCCUCGCCGCGCUUGUCGUCCUGCGGAGCAAGUGUUGGCUGAGGGGCGGAGUGACCUGCCGCCCGCGAGUCACCCGCCACGCCCACCGCGUCACCCUAAGCGUCACCCACCCCCCGCCGCCCCCCGCUGACCCCCCUCCCCCAUCCCCUCGCCCCGCGCCGAGCACAAACUGUGUACAUACCGCGUUAACUUGUUGAUUAACUGUGUAGUGAAAUAGGUAACUUAUUGUACUUUUAGGGCCACAUCUAAAUACGAAGUGUAUAUACGAGUUGUUUUAUUAAUCUUGUACAAAUGGAACACAAAAAAAUCCUAGUAAAGUCGUGCUAUCUUUAA